GCGCGCAUAUCGCGAGAACUCUACAUUGUCUCCCAGCUGACGUUCGCGGCGCUGGUUGUCGCUUUGGUUCUCGCGAUAUUUUCGGGUAAACGGGAGCCCGGGCGACCCGGGCUUCUGUGAAACAUGGCGGUCGGCUGAUGCCGUAACACAAGCAUGACUAUAUGAAAGAAAAAGAAGGUUUUCCUGAAGAUGAGGCGACUGAAUCGGAAAAAAACCUUAAGUUUGGUGAAAGAGUUGGAUGCCUUUCCAAAGGUUCCUGACAGCUAUGUAGAGACUUCAGCCAGUGGGGGUACAGUUUCUCUAAUAGCAUUUACCACUAUGGCUUUAUUAACCAUAAUGGAAUUUUCAGUAUAUCAAGAUACAUGGAUGAAGUACGAAUAUGAAGUAGAUAAGGAUUUUUCUAGCAAAUUGAGAAUCAAUAUAGAUAUUACUGUUGCUAUGAAGUGUCAAUAUGUUGGAGCAGAUGUAUUGGAUUUAGCAGAAACAAUGGUUGCAUCUGCAGAUGGUCUAGUUUAUGAGCCAGCAAUAUUUGAUCUUUCACCACAGCAGAAAGAGUGGCAAAGGAUGCUGCAGCUGAUUCAGAGUAGACUGCAGGAAGAACAUUCACUUCAAGACGUGAUAUUUAAAAGUGCUUUUAAAAGUGCAUCAACAGCACUUCCACCAAGGGAAGAUGAUUCAUCACAGCCUCCAGAUGCUUGCAGAAUUCGUGGUCAUCUCUAUGUCAAUAAAGUCGCGGGGAAUUUUCACAUAACUGUGGGCAAGGCAAUUCCACAUCCCCGAGGUCAUGCACAUUUGGCAGCACUUGUCAACCAUGACUCUUACAACUUUUCUCACAGAAUAGAUCAUUUGUCUUUUGGAGAGGUUGUUCCAGGAAUUAUUAAUCCUUUGGAUGGAACUGAAAAAAUUGCUGUAGAUCACAACCAGAUGUUCCAGUAUUUUAUUACAGUUGUGCCAACAAAACUACAUACAUAUAAAAUUUCAGCAGACACCCAUCAGUUUUCUGUGACAGAAAGGGAACGUGUCAUUAACCAUGCUGCAGGCAGCCAUGGAGUCUCUGGGAUAUUUAUGAAAUAUGAUCUCAGUUCUCUUAUGGUAACAGUUACUGAGGAGCAUAUGCCUUUCUGGCAGUUUUUUGUAAGACUCUGUGGUAUUGUUGGAGGAAUCUUUUCAACAACAGGCAUGUUACAUGGAAUUGGGAAAUUUAUAGUUGAGAUAAUUUACUGUCGUUUCAGACUUGGAUCCUACAAACCUGUCAGUUCUGUCCCCUUUGAGGAUGGCCACACAGACAACCACUUACCUCUUUUAGAGAAUAAUACACAUUAGCACCUCCUGAGUGAAGGAGAUAAACUUUUUGCCUGAGACAUAAAACCUUUUUUAAUAAUAAAAUAUUGUGCAAUAUAUUCAAAGAAAAGAAAAUAUGAAUGAGAAGUGGGAAUCACACCUAGGGAAAAAAAAAGAAAGAUAAACUCAAACUGAAAUCCCGUAUAUGUUGUGUCUGUUACGUUGUCCUAGAAGAAAUUAUGCAGCUAAUCAGUGAAUAAGCCCAACUGGAGUGUUGCUUUGAAGAUGACCCCGUCUGAUAUUUUCAUAGCGAAUGGGCAGUAUUGAAAUCAGAGCUUGCUUCUUGGUGGCAAAGAGCCUGAAGGAAAGAAGUCAAACCACAUCUAAAGAAAAAGGCAUUGAUAAGUGCAAAUGUUUGCGUCCUUCUGUUUUUAAAAGAUAUAUCAGAAUAAAAUAUGUAAAACAUAUGGAAAACUAGUCUAGACUUUAAAAAGUUGUGGUCAGGUCACACUGUUAAUAAAGGAAUAUAGGGAUGGGUCCCUAUGCUAUAGCCAUAUCAAUGUUAAGCCAUAAUGACAAGGCCAUUUAUCUAAUAAUUUGGUCUGAGGAAGGUAACUGCUUUUCUUUAAACUCUGGCUAUUGGCUUUUUCUGACUGUACAAGGCAGGGUCGUGGAAGACUAAGGUGAAUUCUUACAGGGGCAGGGUAUGUAGGUGCUAUAUAAUAUGUAACAAACGUAGCAUUCACAAACUGUAUAGUGGGCACUUAUACAGGGAGAAGAAAGCACAUUUUUUAAAAAGAUGCUAAAUUUUCUUGUCUGACCCUUAUAUUAUUGGUAUACUUUGGUAGAGGGAGGUGAGUAAUAAAAAGGUCCACUAAUGGUGAUGAAAAUUAUCAGUUUGUAAAGUAUUAAAAGUAGAAUAUUUUAUACAUGUUUGGGUGAGGGGCAACAGGGUAACUUUACAUAAAGUAGAAACAUGAGGCAAAUACUUACAUAAGGCAAGAUCAUGUCAGAUCUGAGAGAUUAUCAUUAAACAAUGUCCGUUAAGCUGUAAAACUGGAUUAUGAGUGUCUGCAUUCAGAGUGUCCUGAAUGUGAUUGAUUUUGAUAUUAGAUUGUGUUGUUGUAGCUUUCUUACUAAUUAAGGAUUAAUUUUAAAUUUCCAGACUUUGAAAGACUAAAAAUAAUGAGAGGGAGAUAUUGCUCAGGUGCCAUUAAAAACUGUAUUUGGAAUACAUGUACCAACAUCAGUUUUCCUUUUGUAAUACUUAAUGAUAGUAGAAUAACUACCAGUCCCCAAUGGUUUAAGUCCUUUGGAGAAAUGGGGAAGUAAAAUUCCAGGUAAGUGACAAAGAUAAGACUAAAAGACUGGAUUUAAAAUGGUGGGUUUUGGAGAUAGUAUGUCACAAAUUACAGUUUUACAAAUGGAUUUUUUGUUUUAAAGAUGAAAAAAUGUUUCCUUGGAAAUAGUUGGUACAGAUAAUGUCAAUGAAGAAAAGGAAAAAUACUAAUGAAACUGCUUUGAAUUAAAAGCUUAUGGUGAAUGGCACUCUGAAGGAAAUAAAAGCAUUAUUGUUUAAAAUAUAUACUUUACUAUUAAAAGCUAUUAAGUUGACUGAUUAACACAGAUGAUGUAACAUGCUCUGAAAGAUUUUGGAUUCCAGAAAACUCCAAAAAAUGAAUGAGCCUUCUCUGUUAUUGAUUUAUUUCAAAUACUGUUUCCAAUGAAGUUAGACUAGGAACUAAUAGAACAUCUCUCAGAAGGAAUUUUACUUAGAAUUUUAGCUAUUUUAGACUGAAUCUUGGUUCUGUGAAUCUGCUUUCCAGAAAGUUCAUUCAAGGUGUUUUGUUUUUUUAAGGGAGGUAAAACAAUAUUGAUUUAAAACUAUUUUCUUUCAGUUAGGAUUUUAGCAGUUAAGUAUCUUUAAAAGGAUUUUAAAAUUAUUUUGGUGCUUGCUUACAUAUGAUUUUUAAUUGUUCCCAUGUUUCCCAAAUACCUUAUUAAAAUUUUAAUGUAAUUAAUCUGUCCCACUAAAGCUGACUAUAAAAGGAAUUUCUUUAAAGCCAAA